AAAAGAUAGAUAUCAAAGAGAAAGAUUAUCUAUCAUUGAACAUUCAUCCACUUAAUCCAAAAUGUCACUCCGCUUUGCAUAUACUCGAGCAGCUUGUAACCUGAACUUGAAGUGCGGCUUGAAUCGUAGCUUCAGUCACUCAGCAGUCAAAUUGAACUUGUUUGGAGGAUCCAAAACUAUUCAGCCCAAGACUGGAAGUGGGAAUCUUACGGCCCCAACGGGGAAGGGCGAAUCGGCUCCAGAUCCAGUGGAUUUGAUUAAGAGAAACGAUAUGUUGGCACAUUCUCAGAAACCGAGAAAUAAUAUUGAAUCAGUGCGUGAUAAUGGCUUUCUACUCUCAAGUAACAUCAUUAUCACUUCUCCUAAUAAGAAUGGAAAUGUUCAAGGAACUCUUCUUCUUGAGAGUGAUGCCUAUGAAGUAGAUUUGUCAAAUGGGGGCUUCCAGAUCAUUAACGGUUUCAUUGUAGAAUUCAACGAAGAAUCGGUGUUGCAGAUCUUCAGUAAAAUUCACCCUAAACCGGAAAUCGUAGUCAUCGGACUUGGAGAACGUUCAAGAAUGCUAAGUGAUAAGAAUAGAAAAUACUUCUCUAGCUUGGGUAUACAGAUUGAGGUAUCUGAUUCUAAUAACGCUGCUCAGAAUUUUGACUUAUUGGCCACUGAAAGACCAAAUGUUGUUGGUGCAUUGUUGCUUCCUCCAAAUGUGUAAUCCAACCCUCUACAAAUGUUUGCAUUAUAUCAUUUAGUGGUUUGUGGAUAACCGCUAUAUUGAUCUUCGUGUAUAUAUAUAAAUAUCUACUUAAACAAUGAAUAUUUAAGAUCUCCCCCUA